AGACACAAAUGCCUGACUGACUUACCUUUAUCUUUGAAAAUAUAAUCAUUGUCCUUUCUGUAGUGCUGCAAAAAUGAAACACAAUAGCCUUUCUGGCAAAGUUUGCUGUCUUGCAGUAGUGGUUGCAAUGCCUUUAAUGUUUGUUUAGACUAAGGCUCUUCUGAUGGACAUAUUCUGCCCUGCAGAUACUGAGUGAAUGAUUACUGCUGCUUCUACAUUUUAUUUUAUAGUUUUAUUUUUACGACUUUCCUAAGAAGAAGAAAACAAAAAGUUGACUUUUACAGCGUGAUAACUUAGAAAAAUGGGAAGUAACUUAAAAAAUGUCAUCAUUGUAUCCAUGGGAUUUUUGCUUCUUUUUACUGCUUUCCAAGGACUUCAGAAUUUGCAGAGUAGUCUUAAUUCAGAUGAAGGCCUGGGUGUCGCUUCUUUAAGUGUAAUCUAUGGAACAAUCAUUCUUUCUUCAAUGUUCCUGCCACAAAUUCUCAUAAAGAAUCUGGGCUGCAAGUGGACGAUUGUUAGCGCCAUGGUCUGCUAUGUUGUAUACUUUGUGGGAAAUUUCUACGCAAGCUGGUAUACACUGAUGCCAACAUCUGUGAUACUGGGUUUUGGAGGUGCUCCACUCUGGGCUGCAAAGUGUACCUACCUUACAGUUAGUGGAAACUUAGAGGCAGAAAAGACAAAUAAACUUGGACAAGAUAUUGUCAACCAUUAUUUUGGAAUAUUCUUCCUCUUUUUCCAGUCUGCAAGUGUCUGGGGAAAUCUAAUUUCUUCACUGAUUUUUGCACAGUCUCCUGAAAUAGCUAAUUUCACAGAAGAUGCCUUACAGUUUUGUGGAGCAAGUGACUGCCCAGAUAACACCAUGCAGUCUGACAAUGCUACAUCCAGUCGACCACCUCCAGAGCUGAUAAACAUCCUUCUAGGAGUUUACACUGGUGCCGGAGUGCUGGCUGUACUUUUGGUUGCUAUAUUCCUGGAACAGGUGGAUCUCAAUGAAGUUCGAGAAUUCAGAGACAACAGACCAUCAUUUUGGACAACAUUUUUAGCUACAUUUAGACAUCUCAGAGACAAGCGUCAGUGUCUACUUAUUUUUCUCACUAUGUACAGUGGAUUUGAACAGAGUUUCAUAGCAGGUGAAUAUACUAAGUCUUAUGUGACCUGCGCCCUUGGAAUUCAGUUUGUUGGUUUCGUAAUGAUUUGUUUUGGUGCUGCUAAUGCACUCUGCUCCAUCUUGUUUGGGAAGCUGUCUAAGUACGUUGGAAGAAUAGCCCUGUUUGUACUAGCAACUGCUUUAAACGCUGCCUGCAUUAUAGCACUGCUGCUCUGGAAACCUCAUCCUCAUCAGUUUGCUGUGUUUUUUGUUUUUCCUGCUCUCUGGGGAAUGGCUGAUGCUGUUUGGCAAACACAAAUCAAUGCACUAUAUGGUGUUUUAUUUGUCAAGAACAAGGAGGCAGCAUUUGCUAAUUAUCGCCUUUGGGAGUCCCUGGGCUUUGUUAUAGCAUUUGGAUACAGUACGUUCUUGUGUGUUUCAAUCAAAGAGUACCUUGUGCUAGCUGUGCUAGUUAUUGGAAUCGCACUGUACGGAAUAGUUGAAUAUAUGGAACGCAAUCAUCAGACGAAACAUUGCCUUGAUGGAAGUGAUAAAAAUAAUUAUAUCAAAAAGGCUGAGACACAGUUUUAAAAUUUAACAGCUAAAAGAAAAACUACUGAAAUACUGCAUACGUUUAAUAUCGGAUGCACAAAUAUUUUAAAUGACAUUUACCAUUACAGUGUGACAACUGCUGAUGUAGUUUGGUUAUAGAAAUAAACUAGAAGAACACUGCAGUUCUUUUCUGCUGUAGUGUGUAAUUAAAUAUUUAACAUAACAGUGGGGUCAAAUGA